GGUCAUCUUGCGUAUCGUACUCACAGAAAGUUUUGAUAGGUUUUGUUGCAGUUAGUCUAUAUUGAAUGGAUGAAGUUAUUCAACGUUCGUCUAGAACAGAUUUCAAGAAAUUAAUGUCCGGCCAUCCUGUCUUCUAUUCCCUAUCCUGUCCCAUCUCCCAGACCAUAGCCGACCAUUUAAGUCAUGGUUUUCAAAUCAUCAUUUGCCGUUUCCGGGGUCAUUAAAGGAGAAGAAGUCUGGCGGUGACACAUAUGCCCCUGAGCCACCCCCCUGACCUGAUGAGCCACCCUGAUUUUCGGAUUUGUCCUUGUUUGGGUCAUUUGACUUCUUCUUAUCACUCUUGGGGGGUUUCUUGGAUUGGCCAUUUUUGUUUGAUGCUGCACCUGAGUCUCCGAAAGUCAUUUUUCAGGGUUGGUUGAGUCUUUUCUUAAUGUUUGUCGAUGAGAAGCUGUUGUUGAUGGGCACAUCGAUUCUUCUCUUGAGCUCACGUUUGACCUUAUCCUAUGUUUAUAUAGAAUGGCACACCUCGCCUCUCCCAUCCUCAAUGUGCAUUCUCACCUUUGUACGUGCCUCUAUUUCUAUAUACGGAGUAAUCGACCGCCUCAGCUCGGCAUCUCUCCCCCCCUCUCACGAUGAUCGUACAUGUGCCUAUUAGCUCGCCAAAUGGAUCUGGUGUGUAGUUGGGGGUCGAGGUCAUAGUGGGAAUACCACGUUAAUAAAAUUGACUCAAUCUGUGCCAUCGCCAUUUCCGCUCAUUGCACGUGAGUAUCGUGAAAUGAUGUCCCUAUAUGGAAAGUUACUUGCUAAUUCCCAUCUACUGCUUAGAUCUGGAUGUAGUCGGGAUGGAAAUGGUGAAUCCUUAAUAUCGGUUGCCGUAAUGCAUGCCAUCCGGCAUUCGAUACCCAACCGGCACUUAGCCGCAUGCAUCAUAACGAAUGAAGAUCUAGGAAGCGAUGCUUAAACUAAAUUGAGCCGGGUGGUCCGAAAAAGGCUUGAUAUGCAAUGCUACCGCAUCUUCCUUAGGGCUGACGUUACAUACCUGCUAGCCCUACUGGCGGCUGAGCCGCUUCCAUACGGGAACAUGUCGUAAUGUGGGAUGUCUAGAUAGAGUAUCUACACAUUGAGGACGUACACACCACAUCUGACCUUUUACCUCCUUUGGAUCCUGCUUAGGAUAAUAUGAAUCUUGCAUAGCCUUUUUUACUUGUCUGGCUCCCGUCUAUUUAGAAUACCACAUAUUUGUGUACGAAACAUUGAUUGGGAUAUAAGACCUAAAAAGUACCUACCUAACCUAUAUUUUAAGUGUGCAAGCUCCCUACCAUUUUCUGAUCGCAUCUUAGUUUCUAUUUUUGGUCUCUACCUAGUUAUUAAGGCGUAGCUUACUAAACC